AUGGCUAAAAAGAAGGGAGGAAAGAGAAAGGACGAUUAUUGGGAUGAAGCUUUUGAGGAAGACGCCAUUGUUACUGGCGCUGCUGCUCCCAAAGAAUCUGAAGAAGAAUUUGCUCAAAGAGCUUCAGCUUUUUCUGCACUUGCCGAAAUGAAUGAUGAAGAGGAUGAUGGUUUAAUGGCUAUGGUUAACAAAGCUGCCAAAAACAAAAUAAAAAAGGGAAAGAAAGGAAAACAACAACCUGUUGAGGAAGAAGAACCCAUCACUGAAGAAGAACCACAAACUUCUACUAUCGGCACUGAUGAACCUUCUCAAGACAUUGACGAUUAUGAUUGGGUUAAUGACAACAAAAAGAAUAAAAAAAAUAAGAAGAAUAAACAAGCAUCUGAACCUGUUUCUCCUGCUCCCGAAGCUGCUGAUGGUGGUGAAAUCCGUAUUUUGACAAAGAAAGAAAAGGAAAGACUCAAAAAGGAAAGACUUAAGGAAGCUAAGCGUUUAGCAGCUCUCGAGAAGAAGAAACAACAAGAGGCUGAAGAGGCUGAAUUUGAUAAACUUCUUGGUAUUGAUAAUAAAAAGAAAGAGGAAGAAAAGAAACAAGAACAACAGCCUGUUGCUGCGGCUAAUGAAGAACCUACCGCAGCCAAAGAAACUACCUCAAAAUCUAAAAAGAAGAAAGGAAAGAAGACAGCUGCCGCAAAGGAAGCUGAGUCUGAAAACGCUUCGGCUCCUGCUUCAGAAGCACCUGCUACACCUCCUCCUGCACCUAAAGGUAAAAAGGGUAAAGGUGGUGCCGGUGUUGCUGCCUUGAGAAAGAUGCUCGAAGCUCAACGUGCUGCUGAGGAAGCAGAACGUAAACGUCUCGAAGAAGAACGUAGAAAGGCCGAAGAGGAAGAAAGAAGAAUUGCUGAAGAAGAAGCAAAGAAGGAAGCAGCUCGUGCUGCCAAGAAGGAAAAAGAGAGACUUAAGAGAGAGCAACUUCGUAGGGAAGGUAAAUUGCUUACUAAAGCUCAGAAAGAAGCUCAACGUUUAGCCAAAUUGCGUCAUGAACAAUUGCUUGCUUCUGGUCUUGUUCGCGUCCAAGCUCUUGAAGAGAAUGGCGAAAAACCUAAGCGUGUUGUCUAUAAUAACAGAAAGAAGAAGACUCUUUCUAAGGAAGAACAAGAAAAGAAGAGACAAGAAGCUGAAGAAAGAAAGCGCAAGGAAGAAGAAGAAAGAAAGCGUAAAGAAGAAGAAGAAGCUAAGAAGGCUGCUGAAGCUGAGGAGUCUGAAGAUGAUUGGGAAAAAGCUCUCCUUAGUAGUGACGAGGAAGAAAAGAAGGAGGAUAAAAAAGAAGAGGAAGAGGAUCUCAAGAGUGACUGGGAUGCCUCCAGUGGAGAUGAAAAGGAAGAGGUAAAGCCUGCUGCUCCUGCACCUACUAAGGAAGAAGCUGCACCAGCUAAGAAGGAUGUUACACCUGCCUCCACUAAACCCAACAUUACAUCAAAGAAAGAAGAAUCUGACUCUGAAGAAGACUCUGAAGAAGAUUCUGACGAAGAUUCUGACGAAGAUGAUAGCUCUGAAUAUGAUUCCGAAGAGGAUAGUUCUGAAGAAGAACUCAGCGCUACUCAAAAGCUUGCUCUCCAAAAGAAGGAAGAAGCUGCUGCACGUCGUGCUCAACGUCAAAAGGAGGCCUUGGCCAAUCGUUCUAAGGAUGACUUACGUUCACCUAUCUGCUGUGUCCUUGGUCACGUAGAUACUGGUAAAUGUUGGGGACGAGAUACACCUAUUUUAAUGAUGGAUGGUACAACACGUAAAGUACAGGAUGUAAAGGAGUUUGAUUUGUUGAUGGGUGAUGAUAACACACCUCGUAUGGUGCAACACGGUUCAGUAAUUAAGGGAGAGGGUAUGCUUUACCGUAUUGUUCCCGCCAAGAGUGCUGGUGCUGAUUCUUUUGUCUGUAAUGGUGAUCACGUUCUUGUAUUGACUAUCCCUCAGAGACAGUAUGUUCAACGCAAAACUCGUACAGAAAAUGGUGUAGCACAAAUCAUGUAUUCUGCUGAAUCAUUCACUGUCGAUCCAGUUACCAAACGUCCUAAGAGACAAAGUUAUGGAGAAUUUGCUACAGAAGAAAAGGCAAAGGCUGCAUUACCACAAUGGGAACCAUUGAUUUGGGAGUGUUCUGUAUUGGAAUACUUAGAUCUCGUACGCCAUGAUAGUGGUUUAGCUAAUCUUUGUUCAAUGUACAAACCUAUGAACGGUGUUGAAUUCGCAGAAAAUGCUGGCCAACAAUUUACAAACGCUAUUACUGAAGUAUUUGGAUUUAAACCUACACUCUCCCAAGAAUUAGACAUUGCUAAGUUGUUGGGUCUCUGGUUAGUUGCUGGCGGUAAGAUUUUGAAAGACGGACCUGUUACCGCUGAAAUGCCUAGCCAAAGAGCUGUCAUUGACUUCUUACAUUCUUGUGCCAAUGUAAUGAACACCACCUGUGAACGAAUCUUAGAUGAAUCAAACACUAGAGGAAAUGAAAUUUUCGGUUUCAAGUUUGGUGAUUCAUUUGAACAACUUUUGAAAGCAUUUGGUGUAGCAGAAAAUAAGAGCAUUCCUAAUGCCAUUAUGCCUACCUCAUUAAACCAUAGAAAAGCAUUCCUUGCAGGUGUUGUUGAUGGUAAUGCCAAUCUUGAAGUUAGCUCCAUCAACAAUAAUGGACUUGUGACAGCAGAAUACUGGGAAAUUAGCAGUGAACAUGAAGAUAUUUUGUUGCAACUUCGUAGACUUGCUCGUUCUGUUGGGCUCCAUGUUGGUGCUAUUGACAAGAAGACAUUUGGCUAUAGAAUCCAUAUUUCAGGUGAGAUGAUGCGCACUCUUAACCCAUAUAUUUCUCUCGACUACAAGAAGUCUGUACCUCAUGAAGCAGAACCUUGGAAGCAACUCUGCGACAACUCAUGGACUUUCUAUAUUGAAGAAAUUGGCCACGGAGAAUACUUUGGUUUCACUUUGGAUGGCAACUCAAGAUUGUUGCUUGGUGAUUACACCGUUUCCCAUAAUACUAAAUUAUUAGAUAAGAUUCGACAAACUAAUGUGCAAGAAGGUGAAGCUGGUGGUAUUACACAACAAAUUGGUGCUACUUUCUUCCCUGCUGACACAAUUGAAAAGAAGACAGCAGUUCUUGGUGAUAAGCGUGUCGAUAAACUUAAGGUUCCUGGUAUUUUAGUUAUUGAUACACCUGGUCACGAAUCUUUCACCAAUUUGAGAAGUAGAGGUAGUUCUCUUUGUAACAUUGCUAUUUUGGUCGUUGAUAUCAUGCACGGUAUUGAACCUCAAACACGUGAAUCUAUUCGUUUACUUCGUGAUCGUCGUACUCCUUUCAUUGUUGCUUUGAACAAGAUCGAUCGUCUUUUCGAAUGGAAGGCAACUCCUAAUAACUCUUUCCAAGAUUCUCUUGCCAAACAAAAACCUUCUGUUAAACAAGAAUUUGAAAAGCGUGUGGCUGACACUAUUCUUGCCUUUGCUGAAAAUGGUCUUAAUGCUGAACUUUACUACAAGAACAAGAAUUUCGCUAAAUAUGUUUCAUUGGUUCCUACCUCUGCUCACACUGGUGAAGGUAUUCCUGAUUUGCUUAACUUGCUUAUUCACUUAACACAGACACGUAUGAGUGAAAAAUUGAUGUAUAUUACUGAACUUGAAUGUACUGUUCUCGAAGUUAAGGUGAUUGAAGGUUUGGGUACAACUAUUGAUGUUGUUCUUGUCAAUGGUUGGUUACACGAAGGCGAUCGUAUCGUCGUCUGUGGUCUUAAUGGACCUAUUGUGACAACUGUCAGAGCUUUAUUGACACCACAGCCUAUGCGUGAAUUACGUAUUAAAUCCCAAUAUAUUCAUCAUAAAUCUGUCAAGGCUGCUUUGGGUAUUAAGAUUGCUGCUCCUGAACUUGAAAAGGCAAUUGCUGGUUCACGUCUUUUGGUUGCAGGACCUGAUGAUGAUAUUGAAGACUUGAAGGAGGAAGUAAUGUCUGAUUUGACAGAUUUGAUGACUUCUAUCGAUCGUACUGGUCACGGUGUCUGGGUUCAAGCUUCUACUUUGGGUGCCCUUGAAGCUCUCUUAGAGUUCUUGAGAACAUCCAAGAUUCCAGUCGCAGGUAUCAAUAUUGGUCCUGUUCACAGAAAGGAUGUCGUUAAGGCUAGUGUGAUGUUGGAUAAAGCAAGAGAAUUUGCUGUCAUGCUUUGUUUCGAUGUCAAGGUUGAUAAAGAAGCUGAAGAUUUGGCCGAAGAAUUGGGUAUGCGUAUCUUUACUGCAGAUAUUAUUUAUCACUUGUUUGAUCGCUUCCAAGAAUAUCAUGCUUCUAUUAUUGAACAAAAACGUAAAGAUCAAGCUGGUGAGGCUGUGUUCCCUUGUGUCUUGAGAAUGAUUCCUCGUGCUAUUAUUAACAAGAAGGAUCCCAUUAUUAUUGGUGUUGAUGUUGUUGAAGGUACUCUUCGUUUGGGCACACCUAUUUGUGUUGUCAAGACCAAUCCUGAAACUCAAGCUCGCGAAGUGAUUACACUUGGUAAGGUUACAUCAAUGGAACAAAACCAUAAACCUUUAGAAAUAGUGAAAAAGGGUGGAGCUGGUGCAGGUGUUGCAGUUAAGAUUGAAUGUGCUUCUUAUGAAACUCCAAAGACAUAUGGACGUCACUUUGAAGAUACCGAUGAAUUUUAUUCUAGAAUUACACGUCAAUCUAUUGAUAUUAUGAAAGAAUCUUUCCGUGAUGAUUUAUCAAAGGAAGAAUGGGGUCUUAUUGUUAAGCUUAAAAAGAUUUUGGGUGUAGAUUAA